GGUAAUACUCAUGCCGUUACAAGUGGCGAUGGUGCCAAAGUGGAGUUGUCCGUACGCCCCCUUUUACCAAAACAUGUCGGAAGCUUUCCCAUUACAAAUUCAGGACUUAAAUGGUUCGAUAUUAUCAUAGUUAAACUCUAAUUUUAUUCUUCCCCAAAUACUUUAUUUAAAUUUACUUUAUUUACAUUUACCACAUGCGCUACCGAGAUGCAUAUUCUACUACGUCAUGUCCAAGUAACACUACGUCAUCGUCACCUCAGACAUUCCCGUGUUCCCGUGCUGCUACAAAUUAACCAAUAUCCCUCGUCUCAGUUUAAUUCCUAACAUAGUUCCUUACUAGCUAUCAUCGUAUGAUUUAGAUAUUCUCGCCUCGCCUGUAUUACCCCGACAAUGGCGGAACAGGACCGCUACGGCGGCUGGUUUGGCGGAAACAAAGCCGACAAAGUCCAAGAGAAAAUACAGCAAAAUAUCCCUAAAGGCUCGGGGGCUGAUAAAGACCGCUUUGGUGGUUGGUUCGGAGGUGAUAAAGUAGACCGUGUAAAGGACCGCGUAAAGGACGCGGUAUCGAGAGAUCUGCCUAAGGGUUCGGGCGCGGAACAGGAUCGCUACGAGCGCUCCUUCGGCGGAGACAAGCUUCCCUCUGCUGAGCAGGUUCGCGACAAGUUCUCGCAAACAUCUGGCGCCGAGCAAGAUCGGUAUGGACGUUGGUUUGGUGGAGAUAAGCUUCCUUCUAGAUCUGAUAUCGAGAAGAGGCUUCCCCAGACUUCGGGUGCCGAACAAGACAGAUACGAGCACUGGUUUGGUGGACAUAAACUUCCCACCAGGGCAGAUAUCGAAAAGAUAUUGCCUCACGAAUCCGGAGCUGAACAAGACAGAUAUGAACGCUGGUUCGGUGGCAGUGGGAAUAAAGCCCCUUCGGCAAAACAGAUAAAUGAGAGCUUACCGUCGGGUUCCAGCGCCGAGCAGGAUCGCUACGGAGCCCAUUUUAAACCUACUCAUGCUGCCAGAAUCAGGUUUGGCGGCACAACAUCAACGCUUGGACUCUUGCAACACGCAGUGCUGCCAUCUUUCGGUUUCCACGGCGGCCUCAGUCUCAUCGCGUACGGGUUAGGGCGCUAUACCGACACGGUCGAGGCUAAGGACUGGCUGUGGCCGAGUGCACAAGUAGCAAAUGCUUGGUGGAGCGCUAUUGGAAUUCCCGUGGUUCACGAAGGAUUGUCUCUCUCUGCUGCCUGGUCUGCUUUGUCGUAUGACCAGAAGCUGCUCUUAGGAGGUGUUAGCGCCUGGGGUCUACGUCUCUUCUACCGCGUUGCCUCACGCACCUUACGACGUGGUAAAGAUGAUCCUCGAUACCGGACGGCGGCUAGGAAACGGCCGGAAUUCUGGAACAAGAUUUUCUUUACCGUGUUCCUACCUGAGGCUCUUAUCCAGACCCUGAUCUCCCUGCCAUUCACGUUACCGUUCCGCGCCCCGAUUGCUACUGCUCUUGCUUCCCCUUUCCCUGAAGCGUCGUCUGUGUCUCGUAGCCUUGCUAUCUUCCUGUUCGCCGCAGGAUACGCUCUGGAAGUCAUAUCUGAUGCUCAACUUGUGUCUCAUGAGCGCAAGAAGAGUACUGAACUUAACCACGAAGGCGUAUUUAGCAUUGUCCGACACCCUAACUAUCUCGGCGACGCUCUGGCACACAUUUCUUUCCCUCUGCUUCUCCUCAGUGCUGGACAACUACACCCUCUAACACUCCUUGGCCCUAUUACCAACUACAUCUUCCUGCGCUUCAUUGGAGGAGACAAAGAAAACGGAGAGAACCAGGAGAAGCGUUACGCUAAAGAAAACCCCGCUAAAUAUAAGCAACUACAGCAGUAUAAGAAGACCAAGAAUAGCUUCUGGCCUAGCCUAGCCGAGUUCGGUAACAAGUGGUUGUGGGCUGUCGCUGCUGUCGGUGUUGGCGGCGUCGUUCUUGAGCGAUCGCUAGGAAGUGUCGGGUCUUGAGUAUGUACAUAAUGACCUUGUAUCAUUGUUAAUUGUAAAUAAAAUAAAAUAAAUUGUUGCUGUACUCUUUCUAUCAAAUAAUUCAUGCAUGUCCUGUGAUGCCCUAUUCGGGACUUGUUUACUUAGAAUGCUGGCUCAAUGGCCUACCAAAACCAUCCACCUGGUACAACCCGCGUGCCUGCGUGACUUGCUAGUCAGAGCGCCUUUAUAAAAGACGUAAACUUCUUAUUUUAGGAGGUAGUGAUGAAAUAAAAUUGUCAGACGUUGCUUCUGCCGUUGGUGGUGGUAAUACCCAGUAUCAACACGAACAGCCGGUGCCGCAAUCAACAAAAAGAACAGACACAUACGGAUCCAGUACUUCUACUCAAGACAAGAAAUCGAAGCAGGACACAUACGGCUGAAGUAUGUACAAAGAAGUGAGAACCCUGCAGAUGUGUUCACAAGAAUUAUUCGAGAGGGACCACCAUCUCCCCGACCAUACUGGUAGCAGUAUGUAGAAGGGCCACGAUGGAACUUGAUAUAGAAGAAUUGCCAUGCCUAUUCCAACUCCUCGAAGAGGAGAACAAGCCGAUAAAUUUCAACAGCGUCCGUGUCUGUAGCAAAUAAAUCACUCGUAUUCGGAGUCUUGCGUGACGAAGCUGCCAAGAAGCUCCUGUCU